UUCAUUUAGAGACUCAAUCCAAAAAUAUCAAUAUAUCUCUCUCCCGUCCGAUGGAAUCCAAGCUCACACAUACAACUAAUCGGGUUUAUGAAGAUUUUGAUCCUGUCUGCAAAUUGCGUAUAGAUGAGGCCCGUGACACCAUUGAACUUCAUCUUCCAGGUUUUAAAAGAGAACAAAUAAGAAUUCAGAUAAACCAUCUUCGAAUGAUGAUUAUAAGUGGAGAGCGUCCCUUAUUGGAUGGAACAAAAUGGAAGCGUUUCAAGAAAGAGAUUAAACUCCCACCCUUUUGCAACGAAGAUGCCAUUCAUGGCAGUUUCAUGCAAAACAUUCUCACCGUAGUAAUGCCAAAGAAAAUCCCUCAAUCUUAUCGAGAAGAAGAAGAACAACAACAAGAAGAAUUUGAACCCGCCAUGAAGAAAAAGAAAGACAAAGGUAAAGAGAAAGUAACCUUUGAAGAAGAAGAUAAAGUUAGUGAAGCCACAUCCAAAGCAGAAGAUAGUUAUGAUAUUAAUAAUUUUAGUGACACAAAAAAAGGGUACUAUAAUAAUAAAGAUGAUGUUAUUGAUCAGGAGUUACCACCUGAAACGACCAGAGAGGUUGCACUCAAAUUCAUGCUUGUUAUCAUUGUCAUAUUGGUUGUAGCAAGUUACCUUGCGGAUAUGAGCAAAAGUUUCAUGGCUCAUGCUCAUUCUUAUUUUCAUAAUUAGAGGCACAAACAAUAAAGGGGUUUCAUUUGUGUAAAUUUUAAUUAUGUGAAU